GUAGGAAAUGCAGUUGCAUCACUGGCAGAAUCAACAGGUGAGCGUGUCAUCCACACAACUAAAGGGAACAGUUACUGCUCAGUGAUCAGAGCGAAGCAGCCAUCUCAGAGGCAACAAGACAGCUGUGCACGAGGUGAAGUACCUCACACAGGGAGCAGUACCAAAUAAACAAAUUCUCCUUAGUUCUCGGAUCAGGCCCAGUGCCCCCAAAAAUUACCAGCUAUCGGAUAUAUCACUGAAAGGAAGGUUUUGGUGCAACAAUAUCACAUUAACACUUUGGUGGACAAAAAUGGAAAACAGAAAAUCUCAAAGUGACUUAUUUAAAGGUAUAUUAUUGUUUUGCAUUACCAUUUUGCUAAAAGUUCCAGCAUCUGAUACUACAACUGAGACAACUACAGGAACGAGUGAAACAGCAACAACAUCAUCAUCGUUUUCUGUUUCAUCCAUGACUGAUCCAGCAAUGAACACGACCAGCUCAAAUAGCACAACGUAUCCCACUAUAUCCAUGACUGGAACACCUUUAACUACAGCAGCAUCAUAUAAUAUUACAUGUCAGUCUUUCAGUUGUAUAAAUGAUAGCUGUUACAAGAAUCAAACAACCAACCAGACAUGCACUACAUCUUAUUACUGUGAGCUUUUUAGGCACUCACUAACAAAUUACACUGCUGGAUGUAGCAUGACUUGCGGAGGGACAGCAAACAUAUGCAAAGAUAAUAAUAUGACCCGGUGUACUCAGGAAUGCUGCAACACUGCAAACUGUCUGAAACUGAAUGGUAUGAUCCAGGAGCUCACCAGCAAAGAUAGCAAUAUGACAACAAUGGCGAUGACAACUGCUAACUCAACAGCCACUACAAAAACCGCUACCACAACCACUACUACAACCACCACUACUCCAACAACUACAAAAGCGCCUACAACUGUUGCAACCACAACUUCAGCAACUACAACUGCAGCAACUACGUCUGUCUCUUAUAAUGGUAAGAUCUGCAAAACCUUUACAUGUAAUGGAACAACAUGCUACCAAGGAAAGACCACAACUGAUAAGUGCAAGGUUGGAUACGAGUAUUGUGAGCUGAGAAAGAAAUUUUUGUCUGCGAAUGUUAUAUUCGUAGCUGGUUGUAGCACUAACUGUGAUGAAGACAGCAAUGUUUGCACAUCAACGUCAACAAAAGAUUGCCUGUUGGAGUGCUGUUCUGCAACUACCGAUUGUCUCCGUUUGGAUGGGGAACCACACACACCAUCCAAUACCAGCCCUGCUGUUACAAUGCUAUUCAUACAAAUUCUUUCAUGGUCUGUACUUACUGUGAUUUGUAAUAUGCAUGUUACAUCAUUCCUUCACAUAUAGCUAAAAUCAGGGGCAUUUUCUAGAGCUUUUAUCAACACAAAGGAUUUUCAUAUAGCUUUACUAUCUGCUAUGCUUGUAAUAAGCAUAUAUGCAAAGGGCCAAUUAUUUGAUUAGCUUUAUCAUGUUAAAUAUUAAGGUCACACAACAGUGUAGCCUUAUUUAGAGUUCAAGCUGGACUUCUCUGUUAAGGCUGUCUUUCUAGAUAUUAAUACAUUUAUUGUGUUUGGUAGAACAGUACAAUAACUGGCACGUCCUGUGUGUACCACAAUUUAUGGUAAACAGACAUCUGGUAUCAAAGCACAGCUCUACCAAAAAAGGUUUGCCAAAAAUAUGCCAUGAACUUGCAUUUAACUGUUAUAAUGUGCUACCAGAUGGGGCACAUUUGCAAAGAGUCCACUCCAUGGGUUUGGUCUGACCUUAAUGACAAAUGUGCCUUUUGAAGAUCUGAUGGAAAAGUGUUGAAUUUUCUUGAACAUACAGCCCUAUGUAGACAGUCUGAGCCCAGGAAAGGGAAUGGAGUAAUUCAUGUUUUUUGCAGAAUAGCACAAGUACAUUUGUUCUUGCUUCUGGCUAUUUUGUACUGCCUCAUUGCUUAUAAUGAUACAAUGUAAAAUUAGUGAAACCUAAUUCUUUGCAGUACUAACCCAUGUAGAGUAAAGGAUGAUGUCUUUGAAAUAUUUGUUACCUUAUAGGGUGUGCACUGCUGAUUCCUGUAGGACAAAACUAGGAAGAUGACUAUCCAUAGGGCUGAUACCAUGCUCCGUGUGCAUUGGUAUCCAUAGGACUGAUGCCAUGCUCUGAAUGCAUUGGUGCUGCUGUAUUGCUAAGCUGCAGAGUAGUAGCAGACCGUGGGAUUUUUAGAAAUCCCUGUAGAUUUCCUACACAUUUCAGAAAUCUGCUCAGGGCUGCUUGUAAAGGGUGACACCUAAAAUAUGAUUAGUGGUGCCUUUUCAGUUGUUUGGUAUUUUAUUAAUGGCGUAAUUUGGGGGAGCUAUGACAGCAGUUCAGUGUUUCAGAACAUAUCACAGAUGGUAAUGGAGAAGGGGAAUAAAACAUUUAGAAUGGUAUAUUUUUAAAAUAGCACAAACCAUAACAUAAAGCACAAUGUUUCAUGAUUAAGACGAUUGAGAAAGAAAAUAAUUUUAAAGAGGGAUUUAGAAACUGUGUGACUUUCUAAAAAUUAUGACUUUUUUAUGCAUCGUAUUCUGAUAUUUCACAAAAAAUAAAAGAUGCAGCUCAUAAAGCUACAUUCUUCUAUGAUCCCACAGCACAGAAGAUCUUUUCUAAUUCUCUGAAGUAAAUUUUGCAGUUACCUCUAUUGCAAUGCUACAUAUAUCAACUGACUAUAUAUUUUUUCACAUGCUACUACAUUUUUUAUGAACAGCAAAAAUACAAAAACAAAAUACUAAUUACAACUCGUCAAUACAACCUUUUGUUACUCAUUGUUACUCGUAUCAUGAGUGCAUAGACCAACUAUAUCUCAAAGCUUUGAAACAACUACACAAACUUCAGCUUAUACAUUUGAGAUCUCAGGCAGUGCUUGAGGCCAAAGACCAAAUGUUUCAUACACAUUACUUAGUUAGACAAAACAUAGAUUUUUGAUAAAGACCACUUUGCUUAUCUUAUCUGCCCAUUAUUUAAGUGAUAUGGAAUACCCUGCAUUAUUUUAACCCAUAAUUAUGCAAUGUGGCAUGAGGUACAGCUGAGUGCCAUAUUGCCCGCAAUUUAUUCACUACUGUGUCUGGCCUGUGCAUUCUUAAAUUUAUUCACUGUUUUUCUCAGCACUACCUCUUCCCUCUUCAUGAACACUCUUUCAGUCACUUACUACACUUUCUAUGAAAUAAUUAUACAUUGCAUCUGUCCUGAACUGCCCAGCUUGUAUCCUCAGGUUGUGCCUUGUCCUUAUUUGGUGGAAGCCAUAGUGUUUGUUAUCAUGUAGGUGGUUAGGUGAUCUGUGCUUGGAAUGUUGAACCAAAAAGAUCACUGGUGACCCUGUCAUGAUGGUCGAACCUGCUGAAGAGCAUAAAAGUAAGAUGGGUUUUCUUCACUUACUCCCUUUAAUCCAAGUCUUUCUGGUUUUUUGGGUAUAUUUUGGGGGAAUGGGGAUUUAUACGUAUCCAUAUCUAGAUUUACUUAUUUAUUUGUAUUUAUUUUCUGAGGAUACAGCACUGAUCUCCUUGAAGCUUUUUCAUACUUAGCCCAGCAGUGUUGUCUGGUUAAGUAACUUGCUCAGAGUCAUGCAGUUAAGCGAUAGAGGCUGAGGGAAUCAAAUCUUGCACCUCUGGACCGAAAUAAAUAGAUUAUUAACAGCUCCUUAGCAGUUCCUAUCUCCCUCUCUCUCUCCCC